GAAGUAGAUGGUGAGACGAACCUGAAGGUAAAGCAGUGCCUGGACGUGACGAACUCUAUGGGAGAGGACGAGUCUUCAUUGUCCCAGUUCUCCGGACAUAUAAUCUGCGAAGCGCCUAACAACAAUUUAGCGAAGUUUGAGGGAACCCUGACCUGGAACCACAUGAAAUACUCCCUGGACAAUGAGAAGAUCCUGCUGAGAGGCGCCGUGUUGAGGAACACUCCCUGGUGCUACGGUCUCGUUCUCUUUGCUGGGAAGGAUACCAAGCUCAUGCAAAACUCCGGGAAAACAAAGUUUAAAAGAACGUCAAUAGAUCGUCUUUUAAACUUUAUCAUUCUGGGCAUAGUUCUGUUUCUGUUGUGCAUGUGCCUAUUCUGCACAAUAUCAUGUGGGUUCUGGGAAACAUGGAUUGGAUUAUAUUUCCAGAAAUAUUUGCCAUGGGAUAAUGUGGUCCCGAAAGAUCCUACCCUGGGAGCAGCGGUGAUAUCUCUUCUUGUAUUCUUCUCCUACGCUAUAGUUCUAAACACUGUUGUACCUAUCUCCCUCUACGUCAGUGUCGAGGUGAUCCGAUUAUUUCUCUCUAAAUUAAUUGAUUGGGACAAAGAAAUGUAUUAUGAAAAGACGCGUACACAUGCCAAAUCUCGGACCACCACCUUAAACGAGGAGUUGGGUCAAAUACAGUACAUAUUCAGUGACAAGACGGGUACGUUGACACAGAACAUCAUGACCUUCAACAAGUGUUCCAUCAAUAGUAAAGUAUACGGAGACAUCCUUGAUGAGAAGACGGGAGAACCUGUUGAUGUUGAUGAGUACUCAUUCCAUGGACUAGUUCAAUUAAUGCACACCAAGAGGGUGGAUUUCUCUCAGAACAGUUUUUAUGAACCCAGUUUUCAGUUUUAUGACUCCAGCUUGCUUGAGGAGAUAAAGGGUGGAAAUCAAGAGUGCCAACUUUUCUUCCGAGUUUUAGCACUUUGUCACACAGUGAUGCCUGAUUAUAGUUCAGAAGGACGACUGGAGUAUCAAGCUCAAAGUCCGGACGAGAACGCUCUAGUGUCCGCAGCAAGAAAUUUCGGGUUCGUCUUUACUGAGAGAACAUCACGCACAAUCACCAUAAAGGCGUUGGGUGAGACUGAAGUACACGAGCUCCUGUGUAUCCUGGAUUUUAACAAUGUACGGAAAAGAAUGUCUGUUAUUCUUCGUCACGAGGGGAAAAUACGACUGUACUGCAAGGGUGCGGAUAAUGUUAUCUUUGAGAGAUUGAAACCUGGACAAGAGGGAAUCAUGGAGGAAACUCAGGAUCAUUUAAACAAAUUCGCCAGUGAAGGAUUACGAACUCUAGUACUGGGUGUAAAGGAUCUAACCCAGGAACUAUUUGAUGAAUGGAAGACAGAACAUCACAAGGCUGCCGUAUCUCUGGAGAACCGUGAUGAGAAGCUGGAUGAAGUUUAUGAUAUGAUUGAGAAAGAUUUACAUCUUGUAGGUGCCACAGCAAUAGAGGAUAAACUGCAGGACGGAGUAUCCCAGACUAUUGCAAACCUGGAGAUGGCUGGGAUUAAGAUCUGGGUUCUAACAGGGGACAAACAGGAGACAGCUAUCAAUAUAGGAUACAGUUGUAACCUAUUGAGCUCUGAAAUGGAAGAAGAACCAUAUAUAGUAGAUGGAACUACUCAUCAGGCUGUUGAGGAGCAGCUGUUAAUUCACAGACGGAGUAUAGAACAGCAUUUAACUAAAUUCAAAUCUGUUAAAAACAGAGAUGAUAUAAGUAUGAGAACAUUCAGUGAUGGGAGUAUUGCAGAGAGUUUAGGAGAGCGUGGUCCAGAUUUAGCUCUAGUAGUUAAUGGUCAUAGUCUAGUCUAUGCUCUUCAACCUGAUCUAGAACUCUUAUUUCUUGGAGUGGCUGAGCACUGUACAGCUGUAAUCUGUUGCCGCGUAACUCCUUUGCAGAAAGCUCUAGUGGUUGAACUAGUCAAGAAACACAAGGAUGCGGUUACACUGGCAAUAGGAGAUGGAGCUAAUGAUGUCUCGAUGAUUAAAGCGGCGGAUAUCGGCGUUGGAAUCUCUGGACAGGAAGGAAUGCAGGCCGUUCUAGCCAGCGAUUAUUCUAUAGCACAGUUUAGGUACCUGGAAAGACUACUGUUGGUUCACGGCAGAUGGUCAUAUUAUAGGAUGUGUAAAUUUUUAAGAUAUUUUUUCUACAAGAAUUUUGCGUUUACGUUGUGCCAUUUCUGGUAUGCGUUCUUCUGUGGGUUUUCAGCACAGAAUGUGUACGACGAGUUCUUCCUCUCGACCUAUAACAUGCUGUACACGGCUGCGCCGGUCGUAAUGCUCGGCGCACUUGAACAGGAUCUCACCCCAACCACUGCACUCAGAUACCCUGGUCUAUACCAGCCGGGUUUACAACACCUCUGGUUUUCUAGAAAAGUCUUCGCGACUUACGCCAUUCAUGGUCUCAUUACUAGUCUUGCUCUCAUCGGGGUAACCAUGGGAGCAUACCACGAUAAGACGGACGAGCUUGGGAAGGUUUUAUCUGAUCAUUAUCUUUUUGGAUCCGUGGUUGCAUCCGUUCUUGUUAUUGUGGUUACAGCUCAGGUAGCCCUGGAUACUCAGUACUGGACUAUCUGGAACCAUCUCACAAUCUGGGGUUCUCUAGCAUUCUACUUUGCUCUUACACUUUGUUACAACUGGUUCUUUAAAGGGAUAUAUGUUGGUUCCCUUCUUACUGCAAUGUCAGAUCAUACUUUUUGGUUUGUCGUAUUAUUGACGACAGUUAUUCUAAUCCUACCUGUAGUAGCCUGGAGAUUCUUCAAUGUAGACGUGAGACCUACACUGGCCGACAAGGCUAGGCUAGUCCAGAGGUCAAAUAGACUAAAGAAGAAAGGAGAGUCUGGGAUACCCAGACCGUUCUCAGGACGAAGAAGUCGGAGAUCUGUACGCUCUGGAUACGCAUUCUCACAUUCUGAAGGAUUUGGUCGACUUAUUACAAGUGGGCGUAUUAUUAAUAAUGGAUCUGCGACUCAUGUUCUUGGAAAUGGGCAAACAAGGGGUAAAAACGGAUAUGGUGGAAGAAAGCAGGGAACCUCCUACGGGGAACCAGGAGGAAAAACAACACUCCAGGAUAAAUCAUCUCUUGGAGUCAAUCAUAAAUCUUCCCCGGAUGCGAUCAACUACCACCAUCAAGAUGUUCCCGGGGUUCCAAUGAUAGAAUAAAUAAAAUUCUUUUAUAAAAUUUUAACUGUUAAAGGUCCUUGUUUAUUUUUUCACCAUAACAAUGCGAUAUUAGAACCAGGAAAGUGCCAAAGAAAAUUUCUAAACUAUGCAUUUUGAAAUUUAAUCUAUUUAUAUCUUUUUUGAUUCCAAAUCUGCGAAUGCGUCUUGUUACAACUCUACUGAUAUUCCUGAAUGCACAAUUUAACACAGUUAUUAAUUACUUAACUAUUGAGAAUGCCCUCCGCAAUUUUUAAACAAUUUUACAGGGA